AUGUCUUCGAUUGAACAGUUCCUGAAAUCUGCACUUAUGAAGUACAAACACCCAGAAAAGGCCAAGAAAGAUGUCCUUAGUGCAAUCAAGAAGUUUGAAACUCUAAGCCCAAAAUAUGAGGCAUUUGUGUUAAAUGAUUGCUCAUCAAGAGAGCUCUUGCAACUUGACGGAACGAUCCCUGUCACCUACAAAGGUGCCGUGACCAACAUCCCAAUCUGUAUCUGUCUAAUGGACACACACCCUUACGACCCACCGAUUGUGUUUGUUAAACCCACCUCAACAAUGGCAAUCAGGUCCGGCAGAAAUGUAAACACCAACGGGAAAGUCGACUUGCCAUAUCUUAGGGAAUGGAACUAUCCCAACUCUGAUCUGCUGGGGUUGCUACAGAUCCUAUCGAUCGUUUUCGGGGAGGAGCCUCCUCUCUAUGCCCGCCAGGAAGCGAUCAAUCAGCCACCACCUCCCGUCUACCCCCGCACACAACCAACCAAUCAGACGCCGCCUCCAGUGCCUGCCCGCUCACAGCCUUCCAAGCUUACGCCCCCUCCAAGAUACCCAACCAAGAGGACACCCAACCCUCAUGCAGGAGCUGGUUCAGUGGCUUGGGCGUAG